UAUAUAUACACCCACAUCCUAUAGGAAGAAGAUGCAAAACAAGUUCUACAAAGUCAACUUGGAUUCCAAAUCUUCCAUAGAUCCAUCCACAACAUAUUUGAAAAGAAGAAGAAGAAGAAGAUGCCUUGCAUUUACAUCACCACCAAUCUUAACUUAGAUGGAGUCGAUACUGAUCCCAUCUUUUCUGAAGUCACCACUGCCAUCUCAACAAUCAUCGGAAGACCCGAAAAGUUUGUGAUGGUCCUAUUGAAGUCAUCAGUGCCAAUAUCAUUUGAAGGUAACAAAGAUCCAGCUGCUUAUGCUGAAAUAAUAUCAAUGGGAGGCAUAAAUAAAGAAGUGAAGAGCAAACUCAUUGCUACCAUUGGCACCAUAUUACAGUCAAAACUCUCUAUUCCAAGAACACGUUUUUUCGUUAAAGUUUUUGAUACCACUGCAUUUCCUACCCCAUCUAAAUUGUAAUGCUUUCAUAUUUAUACAACAAUAAUCAUCACAAAUUGUCUUUAUGAUGUGUAUUGUUAUAUACUCCAUUAAAAAUUAAUAUUAUGUUAUCUGUUCUCGUGCUUAAUGUUUUUCUUUAUCAGAUAAAUAUUGAAUUGAAUCUAAGAGACCAUUCACUCAAACUUCUCUUGGCCCAAAAGGUAUCAAUAAAAUGGUUAUAAAACAUUGGAACAAAUUUUUUGUCACACAUGAUGCCGUAACGAUGAUGAAGGCAUUUGAGGUUCAGCAUCAUGCUACCAAGAUUUUGGUUUUGGCUAGUAAGGUUCAACAAGAUGGAAUUGGGGUAGGAGAAAAUUUGGUUAUUUCUUUUGAUAGACAACUUUUGCAACCAAAACCUUCAUUUUUUACCAUACACUUUCACACCCGAAAGAAAGAAAAACUAACGAAACACAAUGCGUUCAACGACGGACUAAACAAAAGCAUUGAAGAAAAUAUUUUCAACUCCAUGGAAGAUAAUUUCAGCAAAGUUGUUGAAGAUAUUGACUGGGAUGCUCUUACGGUAAAGGAUACUUGUUAGGAAAUUGAAAAGGGUAUCAACAUUUGUAUCAUGAGAAAAAAUGGUGAAUUUAACACGUAUAUCUCAAGAGCUUAUUCAAGAACAUGUGGAUUAUCUAGUAGUAUAAUUUUUCCAUUAGAAUCUUUUGGUAACUCAAGGAAAAGUGAGCAAGAUGGUAAGUUCCUUGCAUAUCGAAUUAUAGCCAUAAAAGAGGUGCACAUAGUUGCUACAAUAUAUGUCUUAUCCUAUUUUAUAGUCAUCCUUACCUCUAAUUUAAGUGGC